AUGUCGUCUGAUAUUUUUAAGUCCUGCGUGUUCUUCGUCGACCUGCCGGGUCUGGGUCCGUUGCCAGUGCCAGCGUUGCCCCUCCCCGAUUCCGCCCGCGAAGUCAGCAAGCUUCUAGAGUCACAUGGAGGGAUCCUGUCGGCCUCUGCUGCGGCUGCAACGCACGCCAUCCUGCGGCAUCGCCAGCAGGAGAGCUGGCUUGAGCUGGAGGCCUGUGCACAUGACCGUCCAGUGGCCGUCUCCCUUGUGUGGAUCCUGGCCUGUGUGGAGGAGGGCAGGCUGCUGCCAGUCCCUCCUGGAGACAAGACGUCGCUGCUGCGCCCCCUCCCCAGCGCGGCCCUGCCCGGGGCGGGCGCCGUGACGGCCAGCCUCACCGGGUUUUGCGGCGCGCACCGCUGCCUGGCGCUGGCCUUGCUGCGCUGCGCCGGGUUCUCGGCCAGCAAGGCAAUGCAGGUCAGCACUACGACCCACCUGCUGGCCACCUGGGACGAAGGCAGCGCGCCCUCCACGAAGCUGGACGUGGCCAGGUCCCACGGCAUCGCGGUGGUGGGCCUGCCCUGGCUGCUGCGGUGCCUGGCUGGCUGGGCGCUCGCGGACGCCGCAAGCGGGGACGAGGGCGGGAUGCGCGUGCUGGAGUUCCUCCAGGGUACCACGGCGGCAGAGGGUCUCGCUCCCCUCGAUGGCCCCGCCGCGGCGCUGGAGGCCCGGCCCCGGCAGGCGCAGCGCAAGCAGCGCGGCCCGCACCGCGCCCCCCUCUUCAGCCAGCUGGCGUUGAGGGAGGGGGGCUGGCAGGGCCGUUCGAAGAGGGCCCGGGUCACUGUGGAGGCUGCUGACGAUGCGCGCGGGGGCGGCGAUGCGCGGGGCGAGGGCUGCGGGAGCGGUGUGGAGGGAGGGCAGCCUGGGAUGCCAUCUGCCCCGCUGCCCGAGCCCAAGGUGUCGGCGCCCGCCGGCCAACGCGUGGGCACCAAGGUCAAGAGACGGAGCGCUGGUGGUGCCGGAGCCGCAGCGGUGCCGGGCGAUGUACCGCCCGCCGGCGCCAAGGGGCGGCGCCGUCGUGGGCUGCCGGAAGGGGAGCCCGCCGUCGCGGUCCAGGGCCCGGCCGUGGCUGCGGACGGCGACGCCGACUCGCCAGCCGCGCGUCGCCCGCCUGCCCCUCGCCCCACGCGGGGGGCCGCUGCACGCGCGGCAGCCGGCGCGGCACCUGAGCCAGCCACUCGCACUUCGCACAUGUGCCCCCUCCCCGCCGACCUGCCCUCCAGGCCCCCCUGCGCCGCCCUCAGCGGGUUCCACAGCGAGGAGCAGGCCCGGCUGGUCGCCGCGCUGCGGUCCAUCAAGGUCCAGUGCCUGCCCGGGAAUGCGACGCACAGCUGGUCCCCGCGGGUGACCCACGUUGUGGCGCCACGCUUCCUUCGCACCAACAAGGUGCUGGCCGGGCUGGCCGCCGGCAACUGGGUGGUGUCGCCAGACUGGGUGUGGGCCAGCGCCGAGGCGGGGGCCUGCCUGGAUCCGGUUGCCAUUGGCGCCUUGGGAAAGCCAGGCCCCACACGGCAUGACCUGAGAGCUAUUGUGACCGCCGGUGGAGGACGGCUCGUGCCGAUGAAAUCAGCAGGACAGGCGGAUCUUGUCCUGGCCGACAAAGCGACCCUGUCCAAGGGGCCAACCGCCGAGGCUACCGUCGUCACGCCGGACUUCCUCGUCGCGUGUCUCAUGCAAUCGGGGUAUCGAGAAAUGCUUCCCGCAAACCCCAAUAGGACGUUGGUCAGGGCUAUGGGCGCCAUGAAGUGA